CUUGAGCAGUGGAUGCAGGAAUCGACCGACAGACAUGUGGCUCCUGAAUGUCAUACUGCCAGUGCUGUGGGUCUAUUAUAUCGGGAUUAAAGUGCUUCUCCAGCAGCUUUUCAGCCGACGCUUCACAUUACCAGCAUUCCCUUUACAAAAUGGAAAAGUUGCUAUAGUGACUGGAGGUGCAAAAGGAAUAGGAUUCUACACUGCAAAACACCUAGCAAGCCUUGGAAUGCAUGUGAUUAUAGCUGGAAAUAAUACAACCGAAGGCAACGAAGCAGUGAGGCAGAUAAAUCAGUACACCCUGAAUGCAAAAGUGGAAUUUUUAUACUGUGAUUUGGCUUCCAUGAAGUCCAUCCGGCAAUUUGUACAGAAUUUCAAAUCAAAGUAUGAAAACCUUCAUGUUUUAGUGAAUAACGCUGGCGUGAUGUUGGUACCUGAGAGGAAGACAGUGGAUGGCUUUGAGGAACACUUUGGCUUGAAUUAUCUCGGACAUUUCUUGCUAACAAAUCUGUUACUAGAAACUCUUGCAUAUUCUGGGACUUCUAGCUGUAGUGCUCGUGUUGUCACUAUGUCAUCAGCAACCCAUUAUGCUGGAAAGUUGAACUUUGAUGAUUUGCAAAGCAGUUAUUGCUAUUCAUCCCACGGUGCGUAUGCCAACAGCAAGCUUGCUCUAUUGAUGUUCAGCUAUCAUUUACAGCAGCGACUUACUGCAGACGGUAGCUAUGUGACGGCUAAUGUGGUUGAUCCUGGGGUUGUAAACACUGAACUCUACAGAAAUGUUGUUUGGCCUGGAAGACUUGUGAAAUGGAUGACAGCCUGGUUGCUAUUUAAGACUGUAGAAGAAGGUGCUGCUACAUCAAUCUAUGCAUCUGUUUCACCAGAUAUGGAAGGAGUUGGGGGCUGCUAUUUAUACAAUGGACAAAAGUCAAAGUCUGCUGAUAUAUCUUACAAUGAAGUGUUCCAGAAAAAUCUUUGGACUGAAAGCUGCAAGAUGGUUAGACUCCCUGUAUCAGCAUAAAAUACAUGACAUAGGCUUUAAUUGGCAUGUAAUUACAUUUUUUUAAUUGUGAAAACCACAAAAACAAAUUGCCAGCUUUAAAAUCAUAAUGUUUAAACUACAUCUUGAAUAAACAAUAUCUUCAGUUGCGAACAUUUA